CCACCCCCGCAUCGCUCCUACUCUUACUGCAGCCUCGCCCCCUCCACCUGGGCGGAGCCGGCGCGGGAUCCGGGUGUCAGUGCUGGCGGCGGUGGCUGCGGGGCGGGGGUCGCAGCCGUGUGCGGGCUGCAGCGACUUCGUGGGCGGAUCCUGGUGUGCGAGGCGUGACCCGAGGAUUCCACUCUUUCCCAUCAGGAUUCCAGGCCUCCCCUUGAAGCAGAUUCCACCAAGAUGGCAUCCGCUAGUGAGCCCCCUGCCAGCCCAAGGGAUGCAGCCGACCAAAACUUUGACUACAUGUUCAAACUGCUCUUGAUCGGGAAUAGCAGUGUGGGCAAGACCUCCUUCCUGUUCCGCUAUGCUGAUGAUUCCUUCACCCCUGCCUUUGUGAGCACAGUGGGCAUCGACUUCAAGGUCAAGACUGUCUACCGACAUGACAAGAGGAUCAAGCUGCAGAUUUGGGACACGGCAGGCCAGGAGCGCUACCGGACCAUCACCACAGCCUACUACCGUGGAGCCAUGGGCUUCCUACUCAUGUAUGACAUUGCCAACCAGGAGUCCUUCACUGCUGUUCAGGACUGGGCUACACAGAUCAAGACCUAUUCCUGGGACAAUGCCCAGGUCAUCCUUGUGGGGAACAAGUGUGACUUGGAGGAUGAACGGGUCGUACCUGCUGAGGAUGGCCAGAGACUCGCUGAUGAUCUUGGUUUUGAGUUCUUUGAGGCCAGUGCCAAGGAGAACGUGAAUGUGAAGCAGGUGUUUGAGCGCCUGGUGGACAUCAUCUGUGAGAAGAUGAACGAGUCCCUGGAACCCAGCUCAAGUGUAGGCAGCAAUGGAAAAGGCCCAGCCCUUGGGGAUACCCCAGCCCCCCAGCCUAGCAGCUGCAGCUGUUGAGGGUGGCCAUGGACCUCCCCAUGCCUGUCCACUCCUGCCUUUUCAAGGACUGCGGCCAAGGUGUGAGCCACAGGGGCCGUCUCCAAGCUCAGGGCACUCCUUCCCUCCUGUCCACGUUCCCCGCCUCCCACACAACUCCAUCUCUGUUUCUCUCCAUGUUGAUAUGCUCAGACAGUCCUGGCUAGAGCCCACACCCCCAGGCUCUGCUCAGCAUUGUCUGAGGGUGUGGGACACCUGUGCAGGUGCUUACUGCUUCCCAAGGCUUUUUGAUGGGGGUGGCUUUAGGAAGCAUCACCAUCUGUGAGUGAUGGAGGGGACACUCCAUGCCUUCUACCUUAGAACCACUUCCCAGGUGGAUGCUCAUUGUCCAUAUUGUUAGCAGAAGGUGUCCUCUGGUGUGGGUUGCUGUACAACUUAGCCCUGGCAGCCUCUUCAGCUCAGGUCCGCUGGUUUGGCCUUGAACCUGCCUGUGAACUGACUGCUAGCCAAGGAUACAGGCAGGUCUGUUGUUUCUGUCUUCUGCUUCCCUGGCAUCUACCUGAAAGCCUGUUUUCUGGUUACCCAAGGGACAGAGUCAGAACUAUCCAUGGCAUUGAUGACUCUCCAAAGUGCCUUCCAAGCUUCCCCUGAGUCCACAUCACUGAAUGUGGGUUAAUCUACUCCGUCUCACACAGAAAUAAAUUUUGGAACAAUCCAGGCUCUAUCAUAAAGGUGAGAAGUAUCCCACCUUUAGCACUCCAACUCUCCAUCACUUCACCUCAGAGCCAGGGGACUGAGGCUGCCCACCCAGGCCCCUGUCUGCCUGCCUGGUGGUGUUUUAAGCAAGAGCUUUACACAUCUUACAUCCUGUGUAGAGAAGGAAGUGGAGAAACAAGCCCACAAAGGGUAUGCACUUGCCGGUCAGUUUCUGAUGACAGGAGUUGGGCUCUCCAUCUGAGGACUCUUGUAGAGACCCAGUGUCAGUGUCAUCGCAGUCGUUAGUGGCCCAGGGACACUUUGGGGUUAUGGGGAAGGUCAGGGAGACGGCAUCAGUGGGUACCUCCCAAUGCUUUUGUUUGUACUUUACAGGAGCAGCAGGAAUUUCAGUGAACUGGGGAUAGGCUGAGGGUUGUCACUGUUGUCUCUACAAAGCUUGGGACUGAACCCAUAGGAUUCCAGUUCUCUCCAGCUAGGAGACCCUUCCUACCCACUGACCAAACUCCCCUAAAUAUCAUUUGUUCUCAUGAUUCAGGCAGCCCAGCCUGAAGCCCAGAUCCCUGAUUUUACAUCAGGGGAAUCUAAUCUUUCAGUCCCUUAGCCAAAAUGACUAUUGCAGCCCACCAAGCUCCCUUUCUUACCAGGAUAUGCAUGAGUUAUGUUCCUGGCUCAGGUUCCAGUGUACCUCUAGCCCUGCCCACCGCUGUUCUUAAGGCAUCUGGAUGAAGCUGUCUUUGUACAAAUUGGAUGAAAGGGAGUGGAUCAGUGGAUCAUUUUAGCAAAGUGAGAGCAUCUGAACACUUGGAGGGAAGAGGCAAGUUUUUAAUGUUGCUUUAUCAUUAUCAUUAAAUAGUCAAAACAACUAACAUUAACUUCUUGAGAGUCAACAACCUGCUGGGUGUGGUGGCAUACACUUUUAAUCCCAGCACUGGGAGGCAGAAGCAGACAAUCUGAGUUCGAGGCCAGCCUGGACUAGAGAACAAGUUCUAUGACAGCCAGGGCUAUACAGAGAGAAACCCUGUCUCAAAAAACCAAAGAGAGAGACAGACCCUGUCUCAAACAA